AUGGAAGAUGCUCACUUUUCUGCUAUCCUACCACCACCUCAACCCUUUUCAAUGAUAACGCACUUGUCUGAUUUGCAAGCUGAUGAUUCAGCUAUUCAUGAGUGUGUAGGCCAUGCAGAAACCAGUCUUGGGCCUCCUACUAUAAGGAUCACACCCAAGGAGUUCGGUGUUAUUAAGCUCACAGCGUUGUUUGUGGCGCGGUAUCGGAUGCCUUUUCGUCGGGCUUUGAUGAUGAGAGUGGCUAUGAACCCUCUGUUUGAGUUUAUGUUCUUUCUCCCGUCUUCUCUGAAGAAAAGACUACUGUUUACGGACUACCCUUCUCUGACGAAGAGAGUACUGUUUACGGACCCUUCGUUUGGGUUUGUGGAGCCAACCGAGAUCAGGUUCAAUAUUUUCAAUUUGCUUGUUGAUGCGUAUUCCAGAGUAUUAUUCCCUUGCAAAAAGCUGAAGAAGAGUGAUGCUUGUACGAGGGCCGUUGUUGAUUUUUUUCUCAAACUCCUUCACUUGGAGAGGCUGGAGGAGGGAGUGGCGGCUGCUGUGAUCGAUUUGCAUGCUUUUGUGGGUGGUGUUGACCGUUUUGCUCACCUUGAUGAUGAAGAUUAUUCUGCUUCCAUGCCACCACCUGAACGCCUUUCAGUGAUGAUGAACCGGGUAACACUAUCUGAGCCUGAUAUGCUUUUGCAGCUUCCAUUGGGAUCUCAGCUUGCUAGUGUUCGUAAGCAAUACAAAUGUGUAGGCGAUAUCGAUUCUUUAAGGGCUCCUACUCUAAGAAGCGUAACAUUUAGAGUCCCUGGAAAGGGGAUCACACUCAAGGAGCUUGGUAUUAUUAAGCUCACAGCGCAGUUUGUGGUGCGGUAUGGGUAUGAUUUUUGGUGUGUUUUAACGGAUAGAGUGUCUACGAACUCAUUUUUUCAGUUCUUGAAUCCUUUCGAUAAGCAGUUCCGUUUUUACUGUGGGCUUUUACUUGCGUACACUGGAGUGCUAAAACCUUCUAAAAAACACAAUAAGCCCCACGCUCAAACGCAUCUUUACUUGAGGGGUUUUUUCACCGACUUCAACUGUGGAAGCACAGGAGGGAGGGAAAAAACUAUCAUUGAUAAAGCCCUUUUGCAAGCAUCAGGCUUUGUUUAG